UAUUUACAGUACCAGCGGUCGGGAAACUACCUAGUACCGAGAUGCCGCAAGGGUAUCUGCAAUGUAACGAUGAAUCGCGCGACGCGGGUAAUGACUCAGCUUCUACCCGGUUUGUCAUUCUUUAGCAACGAUGCUCGACAUGUCUGAGCACCUUCGGCAACUGGAAAACUCACUAGUUAUACUCCAACCCCUCACCGAUCGGCGUUCCCCUCCAUUCCCCAUUUGCUAUUUUCUCUCUCUUGCCUUGGAACUAAACGGAGCGCAAACCAUGUGUAAGCUUAAGUAAUGUGUUUGUAAGGCCGCUGGUGGAGUGGAUGGCGGUCAUCCAAAUGUAACAUGAAGCCUCGAAAAUGCUUUCAAGUGCGACAUUGAUGUCUGUUCUCAACGGGGGUUCGAGUUUGCAUUUCGUGAUAAAUCUGUAAUUCUUCGUUGCCUAGCUUUUUUUUUGAGUUUCUCGUGUGCGUUCAAUCUUCGACUAUGUCAGAUCUCAAGACCGAUCUCCUCAUCGUCGGCGCUGGGCCCGCGGGCGCUUCGCUGGCAUGCUUCCUGGCGGAGUACGGCUUGAAGGGUACCAUCAUCGCGGCCGCGCCUGGCACCGCUGAGACGCCAAGGGCUCACAUCACGAACAUGGCAGCACUAGAAUGUCUCCGCGAUAUUGGUCUAGACAAGGCCUGCCUGGAAAUUGCGAGCACGAGCGACUGCAUGGCACAUACGCGGUGGUGCCACAGCAUGGCUGGCGAGGAGUACGGGCGCAUCUAUUCGUGGGGCCACGAUCCCGACAAGGCUGGUAUAUACGCAGCGGCGAGUGCAUGCAACCACGUCGACCUGCCGCAAACGCUGCUCGAGCCGAUCCUGGUUAAGCGUGCCAUCUCUCGUGGCUGGGACGUCCGUUUCAACACGACACUGCUUCGUUUCCAAGAGGGAGACGAUCAGAUUACCAGCGAGGUCCAGGACGGAGACGGUCGAUCCUAUAAGAUCUCGUCAAAGUAUCUCUUCGGAUGUGACGGUGCGCGAAGCCAAGUAGUGCGACAGCUUGAGAUUCCGCUGAUCAAGAAGCCCGGCGGUGGCCUGGCCAUCAAUGUCUAUGCCGAGGUUGAUAUGACGGACCUCAUGGCGACGCGGGUUGGUAAUCUGCACUGGUUCAUACAGCCAGAUUCCGAACACCCGCCCUGGGCACGAAUGGCGUUGGCGAGGAUGGUUGAGCCUUGGAAGAAAUGGAUGUUCAUCGUGUUCCCGGAUCCUGACGUUGCGUAUACGGAAGACCCGACGGAGGAACAAUGGCUCGAGAGAAUAAAAGACUUCAUUGGCGACAGGAGCCGGCCAGUAAAGAUCAUUAACAUCUCGAAAUGGAACGUCAACGAGAUCGCCGCGGAAUACUACUCACAAGGAAACGUGCAUUGCCUGGGCGACGCGGUACACCGCCACCCCCCUUUCAACGGCCUCGGAUCCAACACAUGCAUCCAGGACGCCUACAACCUGGCGUGGAAAGUCGCCUAUACGAUGCGGGGACGCGCCUCGCCCUCUCUCCUCUCAACCUACAGCACAGAGCGUCAGCCCGUCGGCCUCGGCAUCGUCACCCGCGCCAACCAGGGCUUUCGGGACCACCUGGCCGUCUGGAGGGCCCUGGGCAUGACCUCGCCCUCGCUCCCGGCGCGGCGCGGCGCCUUCGCCGAGCUCAACUCCACGACCCCCGAGGGCCGCAGGAGGCGUGAGGAUCUCCGCGUCGCCAUCAAAGGAACCGAAAAGGAGUUCCACGCCGUGGGCCGCGAGAUGGGACAGCAGUACGACAAGGCGGGCAGCGCGGCGGUCGUGACGGACGACGAGCCAGGCCCGAGGCCCGACGUCGUCCCGCGCCCCGACGAGGAUAUGGACUACGUCAUCUCGACUUAUCCCGGUUCGCGGCUGCCGCAUGCGUGGCUCAACACCAAGGUCCCGCAGCAGCAGAUCAGCACAAACGAUCUCGCCGGGCACGCGGCGUUCUGCGUGCUCACGGGCCCCGGUGGCGACGCGUGGAAGAGCGCCGCGAAGGCGGUCGGCGGGAGGCUCGGGGUGGAGAUCACGGCGUAUUCUAUCGGGUGGGGUCAGGACUACGAGGAUGUCUAUGGCCACUGGGCCCAGCGGAGCGAGGUCGAGGAGGAUGGCUGUGUCCUGGUCAGGCCAGAUCGGUUUGUUGGUUGGAGGUCACAUGCAUUGCCGGAAGACCCUGCUCGCGACCUGGAGCGGGGUUUAAGGAAGAUCCUGGGGCUGCAACCGAAUGACACAUCAAGUUAG